AUGCGGAAAGAUGAUCAACAAUUGAGUUGCUAUCCCUUAUGGAACUCCGCCGAGGCAUCCUUUUCUCCAUGUGUUCUGCCAUACGUUGCAUCUAUCCCGACACUUUUAAUCGUGCUCAUUGCGAUCAAAUACCUGCUCAGCAGUAAAUAUCUGUACAGAUGGCGUCCAAAAUGGACCCAUCCAUUUGUCUACGAAGAGACAGAUGUGACAGAUGAGACCUUCUUGACAGCGUGCCGCCAGCCCUUGCGUAAAGCUUGGGCUCUCUUCCUACUUGCCGUAAUUUGUUUCGGAGCUGAGAUUGUGCAAAUUGUGAUGUUACCUUGCUUUGGAUAUAUCAUGCUUACAGUAGCAUGGGGUCUCGUCUCUACAGUACUAGCUAUCAAAAGACCACGAACAGCCCCAACGGCGUUACUAGUGUUUUAUGCCUUAGCUUUACUGGUCCAAUACCCCGUCUUUAGUGCUGGUAAUAUGGCACACGUGGUAGGGCAAAUUGCGCAUGAUGCAGUCAUUGCAGCCGCAGCAGUAUCAAUCAUCAUCAUCUUAUCGAUGCCAGCUCGGGAUCCUUCUUUGCCUAAAGAAGGUAUCAGCAAAGUUGGAGAGACACCAUCCGACAACCUACGAAGUCCCGAGGACGACUUGUGUCUGUGGCACUUUCUUACCGUCUCAUGGAUGUCACCUCUAAUCUCUGUUGGACGGAAACGGAGGAUAAACGAAGACGAUGUUUGGCUUCUGGGAUUUGAAUUCCAGCAUAGAAGACUACAUGAAAAGUUUCGGCAGCUUCGCGGAUCCGUUUUGAGGCGCUUACUACGAGCUAAUGGAAUUGAUAUAGUCAUCAUUUGCAGCAUCUCUCUUGUACAGAUGGCUUGCAAUUUCUCAACACCACUUCUCUUACAACAACUUCUGAAAGUUCUGUCCGACGAAAUAAGUGACAAGAGGGUAGCCAUGAUCUACGCGGCUAUCAUGCUUAUUAUGCGGCUGCUCUUUGCGCAGACGCAAGUUCUCAAUCUCUGGUAUGGUCGCAGAUGUUAUGAGCGGAGUAGAGGAGAAAUGGUAAUGAUGGUCUAUGAGAAAGCGUUAUCGCGGAAGAAUACAUUCGGCCAGAAAGUGUCCACCAAGGAAGGGCCAAACGGCACCAUGCAUAAUGGUCACAUGAAUGGCAGCGACGAACAAAGCAAAAAGAACAGAAACCUAUGCGGUCUGAUUCCGUGGAAGAGCAAAGAUCAGAAGGAAGAAGCCACCAAAGAAACAGCGUCCAUGGGUAAAAUCUUCAACCUACUUCGCGGAGACGUAUACGAAGUAGCACAGCGGUUCUGGGACAUCAGUGAAAUACUAGACAAGCCUGUGGGUCUCUUGAUUGCCGUCGUGCUUGUCUGGGAUUUGUUUGGUCCUUCAUGCUUUUUGGGUGUGCUGACCGUUGUCUUUGCUCAAGUGAUCAACGGUUUCGUAACCCGCUACCUCCUGCAAUGGGGUCGAACUCGCAGAGCAGUAACCGACGCUCGACUACAAAUCUCCUCACAGUUUGUGGAAGCCCUCCGUCAUCUUCGAUGGUACGGGUGGCAGGACCAUUGGCUUCGUCAGGUUAUGGAAGCUCGUCAGAAAGAGCUUAAUGUUCAGAUUAUUACAAAUCUCUUGGAGGUUGCGAUCAACGUUGUCCAAGUCUUCACUAGCGGUGUAUUUCCAGUAGUCGCUCUGUACGGAUACACAAUUCUUGCAGGCCAUCCGUUGAGCAUCGAUGUCAUUUUCCCGGCGCUUCAGCUUUUUACUAUGUUGGAACAGCGGUUACGAGAAAUUCCGCCGCUGGUCACUACAUUCAUCAAUGCGUCUAUUGCGAUGGGCAGAAUCGAAGACUUCAUGCAAGAGCCCAACAAGGAGACCAGAGCUGGAGAGACGUCGUCAAAUUUAUCACCGAUAAAGUUGGAGUCUUGUUCGUUUGCCUGGCCCGGAAAGCAUACUCCAGUAUUAUCAGAUAUCAAUCUCACCAUCCCUCAGGGUUUGACUGUUGUUUGUGGUGUGGUUGGGGCUGGGAAGUCUGCUCUAUUACAAGCUCUACUCGGCGAACUCGAUGAAUUAAAAGGCGUUUCUCAUCUACCGAACGAAAUGGUGGGAUACUGUGCCCAGACACCAUGGUUGCAAAGCAUGAGUAUUCGCGAUAAUAUUCUGUUUUCAUCACCAUAUAACGAACAAAGAUAUAAGCGUGUGCUGGAGGCAUGCGCCUUAGUCCCUGAUCUAGCCAACUUUGCCCAUGGUGACUUGUCAUUUGUGGGGGAGAAUGGAAUUGGAUUGUCAGGCGGCCAAAAAGCACGAGUGGCUCUAGCUAGAGGAGUGUACAGCACAGCUAGGAUCUUGUUUCUUGACGAUCCAUUGUCUGCCCUCGAUCAUAAUACUGCAGAAUUCAUCGUACGCAAAUGCCUCCUUGGACCGUUGAUGCAAGAUCGUACAGUUGUACUUGUUACACACCGUGUAUCAUUGGUACAAUCUCAGGCUGAUCAGAUCCUGGAGGUCGCUGGAGGUAAAGUUCGCUGUGUUGGAAAACAGGACAUUUCAUCCGUGCGUGAUGCCUAUGAAGAUGAUACCCAACACGUGGAAAGUGAGCAGACUGAGGAUGACAUCUCAGCUGCUGUUCCCGAUAAAUUUAUCGAAGAGGAACACAGAGCAGAUUGGGGCGUACAAACCCGCGUGUACUGGGCGUAUAUCAAGGCUGGUAAACUCAAGUGGUGGGCCCUCCUUGUCAUCGUCAUCGCGCUGUAUCGCACUGUGGCUAUUUUGCAGUCGUGGUUCCUUAAAGAAUGGGGUGAAGCGUAUAGUCAAUUCUUGGUCGUGCUCGGUUAUACUGAAUUGAGGACGAGAGCGAGUGAACAAUGGGUGAUAAGCCAUGCACCGACUAUUACUAGUCAUGAUAAUGCCAGUAUGCGCAGGUGGCCGCUGGACCGUAACCACAUCCCAUCUCCAGCCGAUGAUGUUCGCCCCUGGUUGCGGAUAUAUCUCGGAUUCGCGGCUGUUCAAUCUCUUUUCAUGCUUAUAGCACAAUUACUCAUGCUAGCUAUUGUCUUCUGCGCUGGAAGAACCAUGUUUAAAGAGGUUAUGCAACGCGUCAGUCACGCCACGUUUCGAUUCUUUGACGUUACCCCAGUUGGCCGAUUGAUGAAUCGACUAACAUCUGAUAUCGGUGCCGUCGACCGCAAUAUCAGCAUUCAAUUUCAAGGAAUCGCCUUUCAAGUAAUCGUUUGGAUCUCUUCUAUUGUCGUGAUUGCAUCCGUGACCCCUACCUUUCUUCUAUUUGCUGUUGUCUUGACCGCCAGUUUCGUCGUCAUAUUCUUAUGGUUUCUGCCUCUUUCGCAAAGUCUGCGAAGAUUGGAAAUGGUGUCGUUGAGUCCACUACUUUCUAAUUUUGGCGAGUUACUGCAUGGAUUGACCACCGUGCGCGCUUUCCAUGCCGAAGUACGAUUCCAAGACCGCGUCAUACAAGUUGUUGAUAAAUUCCAAGGAAUGGAUCAUUUCUACUGGUCGCUCCAGAGUUGGCUCAUGUACCGGUUCGAGGCCCUGUCAAGUAUUUCCACCUUCGUGUUGACUGCUUUGGCGCUGUACACAAAUGUAUCAGCAGGUCUGGUUGCAUUCGUCCUUGUCGCAGCCAACAAUUUUGUUACUUCCACUCAUGGGCUUUGCCGACAAUACGGACAACUCCAAAUGGACUUUGUCUCGGUAGAACGUGUUGAUGAGCUCCGUCACGUCGACGUCGAACCGGAAGGAGAUAUCGAUCCACCAGCUUACUGGCCUCGCUUCGGCAGCGACAUCAUCUUUGAGAACGUCACAAUCCGCUACGCACCUCACCUCGACCCAUCCCUAUUAAAUAUCUCGACCGUAAUUCCCGGCGGUUCCACAGCAGCAGUCAUCGGCCGUACAGGCAGCGGUAAAUCAACCCUAGCUCUCAGCCUCCUCGGCGUCCUACAGCCAGACCAAGGUCAAAUCCUCAUCGACAACAUCGACAUCAGCAAAGUCAACAAACAAGCACUCCGCACACGCAUCACAUUCGUCGCUCAAGACCCGAUUUUAUUUCCCGGUAGUAUCCGGAAGAAUCUUGACCCAACAGACGACUUCUCAGACCAGGAAUGCGCCGACGCCCUAGAACGGAUUUGUGCGCGACAUGGCUGGACACUGGACUUCCAGAUUGAAGCCGGAGGCCGGAAUCUAAGCCAGGGACAACGCCAACUUAUAGGCCUAACGCGAGCGGCGCUGAGACGUAGUCCCAUUGUGAUCCUUGAUGAAGCAACGGCAUCCAUUGAUCAUGAGACUUCGCUGGAGAUACAGAAGAUCAUUCGUGAGGAGAUGAAGGAGAGUACUGUGAUUACGAUUGCGCAUCGGUUGGAGGCUAUUAAUGAUGCGGAUUAUUAUGUUGUUUUGGAUAAGGGAAGGAUUGAGAGGGAGGGGCGUGUUGACAGUAGAGAUUGUUAG